GCAACCAUUUGCUUUCUCCCACAAUGAACUUCAAGCCUUCGGACUACUUGUCCGAUUUGAACCUAGACUUCAACGAGAACAUUAGCCUACCCACCGACCUAAACGCAGCUAGCGAUUUGGACUUGUUCUCGAAAAAUGACUUUUACAACUUGGACUUUAAAGAGUACAAAGCGAAGAUAGAAUAUAACGAAGAUAGCCCCAUGUCUCUCGAAAGCUUGACUCUGGUGGCUGCCUUCAACUCCACAAAUGCAGACACAAACUCCUAUGUGCCACAAACACCAGUACUUGAUCAGACCUUCAAUAACGUUAAGGUGGAUGCUGCUAACGAAGAUAAGCGCAAGAGAAAUACCGCUGCAUCCGCUAGAUUCAGGAUUAAGAAGAAAAUGAAGGAGCAGCAGAUGGAGGCCAAGUCCAAAGAAUUACAGGAGAAAGUCCAACUGUUAGAGAAGAAGUUGAUGACUUUGACAAUGGAAAACAAAUGCCUAAAGAGCAUGAUAUUAAAGAAAAACGAGGAGCAGAAUAUCAAACUCUUGGAAAGCAUCAAGAAGAGAUCUAUAACGGACUCCAAACCUUUGUUUGAAUAUACCAAGUAACCGCAUUGUUGAUGCGAAUGUUAAAAUCCAACUUUUAACUGUGGCCUCCAGAUCCAACUCUUGGAGGCUGUUUAUAAUGAAUAACGACUGUCUAAUUCUUCAACAUGACGUUCCAUGAUUAUUUCCAACAAAUAAUUUUAUCUAGAGAAUAAACGAAUCAGAAACAUUAGUAGGUAGC